AUGAUAAGUGCUCCAAAAUCAUCCAUCACGUUCUCGAAGAAGACUCCCAUGGAAGUGAAGAUUAGAGUACAAACCAGCCUAGGUAUCACUAAGGAAGGAGUUGUGGGCAAGUAUCUCGGUCUCCCUGAACACUUCGGUAGAAGGAAGAAAGAUAUGUUCACGUUUAUUGUUGACAUCAUAAGACAGAAGGCUGCGAGUUGGAACACUAAGAAGUUGUCUAGCACGGGGAAGAUUGUCAUGCUCAAGUCUGUGAUUUCAGUCAAACCGACAUAUGCUAUGACCUGCUUCAAACUACCCCUCAGCCUCAUUAAACGAAUUCAAUCUGCGCUCACAAGGUUCUUCUGGGAUGCCAAUCCUGAUAAAAGAAAAAUAUGUUGGAUAGCAUUUUCGGAACUAGCGAUAUCAAAGGGUGAUGGAGGGAUAGAGCUUCGCGAUAUAGAGACGUUUAACUUGGCGAUGCUAGCAAAACUUAGCUGCAGAAUUUACACAAGACCUGACUGCCUUCUUGCAAGAGUCCUACUCGGCAAGUACUGCAAAUUUCAACCAUUUUCCCAAGUCUCAGCUACAUCCUCCAUAUCCCAUGGGUGGCGAAGCAUUCUCUGUGGACGUGACCUACUGAUGGCAAACACUGGCAAAGCUAUAGGCAAUGGCAGAGACACCUUGAUAUGGGAGGAACCUUGGCUCUCUUCAGAAACACCAUCUCGCCCAAUGGGACCACCCCCAAGCGAGACAAAGAAUUGGCGAGUAUAUGAGCUCAUGAUUGGUGAUUCUGGUGAAUGGAACAGAGAACUGAUAGGACGCAUUCUGCCUACUGCUGCUACCGAAAUUCUAAGCAUCCCAAAAAAAGAUGGGGUCUACAGCACAAAAACAGGUUACUACACCAAUAUAUCAAUGAAGGAGGCAACACAACUACAACCGGCACCACAACACCCUUGCAGCUGGAACACUGACAUCUGGAGAGGAGAUUUCUCACCGAAACUCAGAGUUUUCCUAUGGGAAAUUGUCAAGGGAGCCUUACCGCUAGGAGAGAACCUUGAAAAGAGAAGCAUUUUGUCAAAUUCAAAAUGUAUACACUGCGGAUUCCGCAAGACUGCAACUCACCUGUUCCUACAUUGUCGUUUUGCUGCAAGCAUAUGGGAAAUGUCACCUCUACUCCAUGUGGAACGCAUCACUUCUGCUACAACCUUCGCAACAGUGCUAAAAGAAUCAAAGAAGACCUUAAAUCUCCCACCAUCAGGAUUGAUAUCUGGCCCUCUGUUUCCCUGGAUUUGUUGGACAAUAUGGACAUCUAGAAACCAACUAAUCUUCGAAAACAAAGUUUUCUCACCACUGGAAACAUUGACUAAAGCUAUUUGCUUAUCACGAGAAUGGCAGGAGGCUCAGCUAAAGGGUAACACGCAGUUCUUAUCUACUCAAAAGCUGAAUCAGGGUAUCAACGCAAGGAACAACAUGGGCGGAGUCUCGGUUUACACGGAUGCGUCGUGGAAAGAAGGAGUAAAUAAGGCAGGUCUUGGCUGGCUAUUCAAAGAUCACUUAGGACGCACCAUCCUCACAUAA